CACAGCGCCCGCGUACCACCGCGCCGCCCGAAAGCGCGCCGUCUCAAACAAACUUACAUGUUCACUUUUCGCCGUUCCAAACCAGUUCCAUUCAAACAAUCCUAUUAAAACAACAGAUUCUAUCACAACCUCCACCAAUAAAACCCCUGCAACGAGUUGGGCUUUAACCACGGAGGUGUUGUAACUUCGAAAAACUUUACAAAGUUUGUUUUUAAACUGUACGUGUGCAUGUGUGAGCUUAAAGUCAUGGCUGGACGAAGUCCCCACUAAACCGAUCUCGGGGUCAGUGGAGAUUAUUGAUUCCAAAUGUUUAGACGAGGGUACAAGGCUCGGUGCGUGCGCGCUCUGCGAUUGAGAUCCUGGAAGAGAGUUCCCAUGAAGCUGCUCAAGUGGGGCAGGAAGAUGCCAUCGACCAAGCAGUACAACCUGGUACCCAACGACGAGUAUGACACUAGGAUACCCCUACACCCCGAUGAGGCGUUCCAUUACGGAAUCACUUUCCAAGCCAAGUACAUCGGGACAAUGGACGUGCCCAGGCCGACUAGCCGCGUCGAGAUCGUCGCGGCUAUGCGUCGUGUUCGAUACGAGUUCAAGGCGAAGGGGGUUAAAAAGCGGAAGGUGACUGUUGACGUCUCGACUGACGGAGUUCGCGUUACAACUCGCAAGAAGAAAGCUAAAGUCAAGCGGAGCUCAAGCUCGAUGCUGUUCAAUCGCAGCAGCCGAAACAGCACCAGCAGCGAAUGCAUCGAGAUCAUGCACCACCCGAUCUACCGCAUCUUCUACGUGUCCCACGACAGCUCCGACCUGAAGAUAUUCUCGUACAUCGCUAGAGAUGGCGCCACCAAUGUCUUUAAAUGCAACGUGUUUAAAAGCAACAGGAAGAGCCAGGCCAUGAGGAUCGUGCGCACAGUGGGGCAAGCCUUCGAAGUGUGCCACAAAAUCCAGCAGACUAAUACACCAGACCAGCCGGCUCCAUCCACCUCGUCUGCUGUCGAUGAGCUGGUGCCCACUGAUCUCGCCAGUGAAGCUGCACCAUCCAAAGAAGCAGCUUCAGAUUGUGGAGUUUCGGACGUAGGGGGUGCGUCUACAUCGAAGGGAGUGGUGGAGGAAGGAGCAGUCGGUGGCAGCGAGCCCUCCAGGCCCACUCAUCUGGAGUUGUUGCCGCCACCGCCUAGGAAGGAGGGCAAGCGAUCUCCCAUGCGCACCACACCAGCUCCCAGCAUUGCCCUGCCAGACCUGCCGGAGUGCGUUCUGAACAUUGAUCUCUUGACCAACGGGGAGAAUACUGACGACGCGACGCCGCUCAGCGCUCAACACCAACUGCAACUGCUGAGGGAACGUCUGGAGCAGCAGGUGCAGCAGACGCGCGCUGCUGUGGCCCAGCUGUUGCUGCUGAGGGACCAGCUGGCUGCGGAACAGGCAGCGCGAUGCGAGGCUCAAGCUCGUACCCACCAGCUCCUGAUCCAUAACAAGGAGUUGUUGGAGCACAUCGCGGCCCUGGUUGCUCAUCUACAGGAGCGCGAGAGGGGCUCCUCUAGGCCUAUCAGCGCUCAGCAACUGACACUUCUGCCUCAGGUUAAAGGUGACUCUGGAUCUAAAGAAGCCCGCAAGUCCAACGCACAGGCACAGGCUGCAGUCAAUGGUAACAACAUCCAGCUCGGCACAGAUCAACUUCUCAACCUUAUCGCCCAGAACACAAAGAUGACACAAAACGUCGAGAAUAACAACAACCAAUUUUCUCCGUUCUGCACCACGCCGACAAUGCCGCAAAAUGGGCCGUUCUCCGCUCCGUCCUUCGGCGGAAUGACCAACGAACAAAUCCAAAAUUACUUGAUCUCAAAGUUCCAAGACAUGGGCGGUUUUCCCAAUGACUUCACCGAAAAGAAAAUAGCCAACCAACAAUUCUUUCAAAACUGCAACGCAUUCCCGAAUAUACCACCACUGACAAAUCACUACAGCCACACAGACAUCGCGAGUCUUCUAAAUCACAGUGUGUAUAAGCACAAAAGCAAUUCUACCGAGGAGCUGGGCGCCAUAGCCCAGGCGAUGAGCUUGGGUCACUCUGAAAAUUCGUUAUUCAGUAACAGCCAAGCUUCGACAUCUAAAGAUUCUACGCCCGAUGCGUUUAGUUCGGAUGACGGCCUGCCGUUUAUAAUGCCAUUGUCGCACAAUGGUACGCUGACGGCUACUGGUGACGAUGGCCGUGUUCGUCUGAUCGUGCCAGUGAGUCCCUCGGAGAGCGCUUCAGACGUCGCGGACCUGCCGAGCGAUACGCAAGGCCACUCGGGGGUGAGCCUCAAAGUGCCCGACCGCCUAACGGCUCCGACGGCCCCUAUUACGCGCUCCACUAGCGAGAAAGUACCGAAUCGCAGCGAAAUGAUGACUGCGCUACGAUCCCAAUGGACAAGGCAUACUACAAAGUAAACAUUUACCAACCAAACCGUCGUUUAUUUUUCAAAUCAAAAAAUAUUAUAUCAUUCAUUAUCUGUUUCACGUCAUGGUUAAAUUGCAGUUGAAUGACUUGCGUUCAGUGCAAUUCUUUAAAAAAUAUUGUCCAAAAUUAAUAAAAUUAUAUAAUUUAGAAAAGAUUGAGACUUUAAAAGGUGCCAAAAAAUUAGAUACGUCACCUAAAAGAGACGUGCAUAAAAUUAGGGUAGAACAUAAAUGAAGAAUAUAUGUUUACAUAUCAAGUGAUUUUUAUUCGACGAACAUAAUGAGAAGUUGGCACAUUUUUGUAAUCAAAAACAUAUUAUUAUCUUGGCAUAUCAAAGUAAAAUAAAGAGAGAAAAAUGUUUCUUGGGUCAUAAAAAGCUUGUAAAAAUACUGUUAGCUAGUGGAGACGUGCACCCCAAUUUCUAUGUUGAACCUCUUAAAUUCACCCUGAAUAAAAUCUAUAGAAGUGUUUUCACCAGCAUUAUUAUAAAUAUAAUAGAAUUAUUAAUCAAUUAUGUACUACGUUAUCUCAAUAGUUUUGAUGUGGUGAAUUAAUAGUGUUUCUAAAGAGUCACAUUCUCAAAAAUUUUAUAUGGCAAUUCUAUGAGUUAUAAUUAAUAAAAUACAAUAUCCACGACAUAUUGUAGUUACUUCAAUUUUUAAAAAUAAAAAUAUAUUCAAUUACAUAUUGCUUUAGAAUUAACUGAAAAUAAAAAAUAGUAGGAACUGUCAUUAUAAGUAGGUACACUUACAUUAUAAAAACAGACACAAUUCUAACAUUAUGUAAGAUUACGAGUUAUUCUACAAAACGUAGUGCAAACUUGUUACACAUAAUCUUUUGUAGCGUAAGCCACCAUAGUCACUGAUCUAAAUAGGAAACAAUAAUAGAAACUGGCACUAAAAUAACUUCAUAGACUUCAAAGUUACUGUCUAUCGUAAGACUUGUAGUAGUUACCUACCUAAAGGGUAUCAAGAGAAGCUUAUAUUUACCAAAGAUUGAUGCCAAAGUCUUAGGUUAGAUCUAAUGGACCAAAGAGGACUACAUCACUAAACUUAUUGAGAGAUUUUUAAUAAAAAAAUUAAAGCCAAAAAGGUGUGAUUGCAAAAUGGUAUAGUCCUUAAGAUAGUCGUUUUGGAACCCGACUCGAGUUGUCUACCGCUGGAAUAUUCUUUUAAAUAUGUACUUUUUGGAAUUAAAUAUUUUACUCCAUGUUCAAUGUUGACAUAGCGUAAGCAGAUCAAUGUGUAUUUUAACUUAAUGCAUGAAAUACGUAAUUUAGCAGUUACUUCGUAUUAGUUACAAAAUAUCUACAUACAUAUGACAUAGAAACAAUAGUAUUCUUGUGUGUUUAAUCAAUCAAUUAUUAUAUAAUCGAAUUUUUAAAUUUAAAUAACUAUAUUUUAAGUCAAGCGCUGGCAUCGUUUGAAAUUUAGCUUUAUCCAUUUCCAAAGACAUAAUUUUAUUUUGUCAGCACAUCAAAUAUUUUGCCAUCAAAGUUAAAGACUGAUGUGCUAACAAUUGUUACUAAUUAUACUGUAAAAUAAUUAUAUUUGUAGCUACUCUUAUAGAGUUUCUAUGCAUAUUAGAAUUAUCCUUUCACGAAAGGUCCUUCAGUUAGUUACCUACGCAGUAAUACAUUAUUACACAUUCUCGGAACUUUUAAACAAUGGAAACUAAAUCCGUAGUCAAAACGUAUAUCCUGGUUUCCCUGUUCGACAAAGCCUGGUCUAGUGGACAUAAGAAGCUUAUUUCCAGCAUUCGGUACUAGCAAAACUAUAUUCGUAGUUUUUAAAACUUGGAUUUUAUCAUAUGUCUUUCGAAAAAUUUAAUCCUUUUUCUAGAAUAUCAUUUUAUUUUACCAUAUUAUUACUUUGAAUUGUAUUUUGUACAUAGAAGUUAUUUUAUUAUAUUCUAUGUUAAACUUAUUUUUUAUAAGUACGAGGACAUUAUGUUAUUACUUAGUUUUUUAUAAGUACAUUAUGAUAAAACAGCUAAUUGUAAGAUUUGUUUGUAAACGAUGUCAGUGAUUCAUAGAUAAUUUUUAAAUGUAUCUAAGAAAUAGUCAUUAAAAAUAUGUUCGUCGUCACAUUGAUGUUAUUCAACGAUUUUAAAUGUUUAUGCAAUAUUUGUCGUGUAUCCAUAGACGCAGACACAAUAUUAACAUAGUAUCGGGACA